AUGCCUCCAGAGCAAACUGACCAAAGAUCGUCAGAGCAAGACAACUCAUUGCAAGAUAUCAACUCUAACGUUAUCGAUCCAAGAACGGCAGCCCUUACUCAAGCUAGGCAACAAGCUGAUGAGCGACGUCAAAAUAUUCAACAUGGUCAUCAUACACAAACUCAAAGAGUGGCCACAGCUAUUAAAUUAUUCCCGUUAGCUGAUUCGGUUAAUUUUGUGCAUAAAGAGCUUCGCUUUACUUCUGGGAUGGAGAUGAAGGUUGGACGGGUGAGCGGAAGUCGAAAUCAAAGAGAGUCAAAGCAAGAUAAUGGCGUAUUUUUGUGCGAUGUAAUGUCGAGAGAACAUGCUUUGUUACAGGAAAUAGAUGGAAAGAUUUGGAUUAAAGAUAUGAAGAGUACACAUGGCACUUUUAUAAAUAAUUAUCGCAUUGGCAAUGGGACAGCUGCAAGUGAAUUUUAUCCUUUGAAACAUAAGGAUGUAAUUACUUUUGGACAUAGUGUGCGACGUAAUCAAAAUCUAUAUAAACAUUUAUCGGCCUAUGUUUGGUACCCGUCCGAGAGUGGUGGCAUGGAUCCACCUUUUCCUGUGGUAUUGGAUCGUCGGGAGAUUAAUCCUGCUCAAAAUGCACCAGCGAAUAAUGCAACAACUAAUGGAAUUGGUAAUGGCAUUGUUGGUAAUGGUGUUGGCAACAAUUAUACGGCCCGACAAAGAGAUAUUGAGAAUGGCAACACAAACACGCGGUUGAUUCCACCGCAUUCAAAUGCAAGACCUGAUCAUACUGAUCGAACAAAUAAUCAUUCACAACCACCAGUUCAUCGUGACAUACGAACACACACCGCUCCACCACAACCACAAAAUCAAGAACCCAAAACAGAAGCAAUCGAAAUUGAAUCAGACGCGGAAAAUGAUCUCAUACAAGAACGUGAAAAUGCUCCCGAAGAAAAAGAUAAACAGCCAAAAUCACAACAAGAAGAAGCUGCAUCUACUUCUAAUGAUACUAAUGGAGUGAACAACAACAAUAACUCAGCAGUAUCUAACGAUAAUAAUGUGGCAAAAAAGGAGCAAGUCACUUCAACCAUAUUAAGAGAGGUUGCAUCAGAUUUGGUGAAAAAAGAACACGUGACAUCAAUUUCGUCAACAGAAAAAAAGGAGCAAGUCCCACCAACGACACUAAAAGAUGUAAAUAAAUCUAAAGAUCAUUCUCAUCAUUCCAAAUCAAAAGAAUCGACUAUUCCAAAUUCCAAGGGAUUUCCACUUCCAAAGUCAAAAGAUUCUGCAAAUAUUGAACAAACAAAGGAUCCCUCUUCUAAUGAACGUUCAAUAACAAAUCAUCAGAAUGAUGUUUCCAAAAUUCCAAUUCCCAUUGCAACUAAAUCAAACGAACUCUCCGAUAAGCGCAAUAGAGAUCCACAACUGAUGGAAUUCGAGCAUAAUGAAAUUCGAAACGAUAAUAAUCAAUCAGAAAGCUUUGAUCGAAAACAUGAUUAUCAAUUAUCCGAUGUGCAACGAGACAUGGAUUUAGAUGAAAUAAAAACCGACAAUGACAAAAUGAUUAAAAAUGAUUAUGGGAAUAAAGAAGAAAGAUCAUUAACAGCCAGGAAACGUACAUAUGAAGAAAUGGAAAAUGAAGGUUAUGAAAUUGUUCCUUCUAAAGAGUAUGUUGAUGAACUACGAAGAAGGUUAGCAGUAGCUGAACGAAAAAGAAAACGUAUUAAAUGGGAAGUGGUAGGCACUGUCAUCGCAGGCAUGCUUUUUGGAGCGGGUGGUGUUAUCGUACUUGGUAGUUAA